AUGUAUUAAAAAUCAUCAUUAAAAAAACAGAAUAAUGAUAUACCGGUAUGUUUCAAAUUUAUUUAAUAGGAUCAUUAUCAUUUAGAUGAAAAUUAAGAACAAGACUAUAAUUCUAUUUGUGGUUACAAUUCAUAUGGAGUAUUUUCAAUUAACUCUAUUUUAGAUUCCUUAAUAUCAUUAAUUACCAAUUAAUGUUUAUAUGAUUCUACCUCAAACUUAUUAAGAAAACUUUGAUACCAAUAUCUAAUAUUUGUAAUAUUAACCUUAGCCCUAGACUCCAAUCAGAUAUGAUCAUUAACCUUUAAAAUAAAUGAAAGUUAAAAAAUAAUAUAAAAGUAAUUUAUAAUCUCUAAUCAAAGGGAAACAAGCAUAAACUAUUAAUUAAUCACAAUAAUCAGCAUAAUAAUAAUUUUAAAGAACUGAUGAAUCAGAACAUGAAAUAUGGCCUUAAGCUAAUUUUGAAAUUGAUUCUAAUGAAAAUGAAAAAAAGUAAUUAUUCUAAUAAACUCUUACUGGUUUUGUCUUGAAAUUAUUUGAAGCUCAUCAAAAUGCUCCUUUAAGUGAAAGAUAUAUUGUUGAAUAAGUCCGUUCAAAUUUAUGCAAAUUAAAAAGAUUAGAUGGUAGCAAAUAUAAAGGGAACUUGUAUAAGACAGUAAAAGGUAGUCUGACUUCAAAUGGAAUAUUUAAAGUUGAUCAAAAGAAAGAAAAUGAAUCAUAUUGGAUAGUUUGUUUAUCAGCUGCAGAUGAAUUUUAAAAAAGAACAAUCGAGAGAAUUUAAACAACUGAUAAAAAGAAAACAUUAAAAAAAAUAAAAUUACAAGACGAUUCAUAAUAAAAUAAAGAGAUUUAAGAAUAUAUAAAAUAUGAUUAUGCACAUGCAUAUGGAUUAUUAAAUGGAUUUUUAGAAACUUAACCAAGUUUAAAGAGUUUUAUUGAUUAAAUAGAUCAUAAUGAUUUAGAGAGGAGUAGAAAUCUAAGAAAUUAUAAUAUAGAUUUAGUAUAAGCUGGUAUAAAAGAAUGUUAAGAAUUUUUUGAUGAAUUGAUAAAGAAAUAAAAAAAUGAAAUAAUUUAAAAUUGA